AUGGCCCACGCACGUCAAUGCCACGGAAUCAGGCGCAGCCGCCGCGGCUCAGAGCACAUGUCAUUAGUGUCCGGGUGCGCGACGGAAGGAAGGGGGGUCCGAUCCUCGGCACACACGCGCACGCUCAUACACUCCUUCACACACAGAGUCCGGCGUCCGCGAAAAGAGAUCGAAAUGAGUGGUCCGCACGAGGAGGACGGCGCCGACAAGGCCGAGUGCAAAAGUAAAUCUCCCACUUUGCUCUCGUCUUACUGCAUCGACAGCAUCCUGGGCCGCAGGAGUCCGUGCAGAAUGAAACUGAUAGGAGCGCAGAGUUUGACAGCGGCGGCCGGCAGAGCGGAGAGCGAGCGGGGGAGCGGAGAAAACUUACCGUUCGACGCCGACAUUCACCUGCCGCCGAAGCUGCGCAGACUCUACGGCCAGGGAAAGUACUUGGACCCGGUACGAGUGUUUCAAGAGCAUGGCGAGAAGAGCGAACGGGAGCGGGAGCGGGAGCGGGAACGGCUGCUCGAGCAGAGCUGCGAGAACCUCAAGAUCGUCCAGGCGCCGCAGGUCAGUAUCAGCCGCAGCAAGUCGUACAGGGAGAACGCGACGCUGAACCAGAGCGCGGGGGGGGGCGGGAGCCCCGAGCGCGCGAGCGACGAGCUCGUGGAGCUGGGCGCGCUCAAGUUCGACGAGGACGCGGUGAAGGAGGAGCCCUGCCUGGAGUCGGACCUGUCGCCCAAGGAGGCGGAGGGCCUGCACAACGAUGGGGAUGUAAAGGACGGCGAAGACAGCGUGUGUCUGUCGGCGGGCAGCGACUCGGAGGAGGGGAUGCUCAAGAGGAAGCAGCGCAGGUACAGGACCACCUUCACCAGCUACCAGCUGGAGGAGCUGGAGAGGGCCUUCCAGAAGACGCACUACCCCGACGUGUUCACCAGAGAGGAGCUGGCGAUGCGCUUGGACCUGACGGAAGCCCGGGUGCAAGUGUGGUUCCAGAAUCGCCGGGCUAAGUGGAGGAAGCGGGAGAAGGCAGGAGUUCAGAGCCACCCCCCAGGCCUGCCCUUCUCUGGCCCACUGACGGGAGCCCACCCCUUGAGCCACUACCUGGAGGGUGGCCCAUUCCCUCCCCACCACCACCCCGCUCUGGAGUCCGCGUGGACCGCUGCCGCUGCUGCGGCCGCCGCCUUCCCUGGACUACCCCCACCCCCGGCUAACUCUGCCCCUCCUCUGGGCCUUAGUACCUUUCUUGGGGCAGCCAUGUUCAGACACCCUGCCUUCAUCAGUCCUUCCUUUGGCAGGCUCUUCUCCAUGGGUCCCCUGACCAGCGCAUCCACGGCGGCUGCCCUCUUGCGGACUCCGGCCCCGCCGACGGAGACGCCCGUUCAGCCGCCGGUCCUGGCCGACCCCUCGCCCUCGGCUUCAUCCGCGGCGGCGGACCGCCGGGCCUCCAGCAUCGCUGCGCUGCGGCUCAAGGCCAAGGAGCACUCAGCCCAGCUGACGCAGCUCAACAUCCUGCCUUCCGGAGCGACGGGGAAGGAGGUGUGCUGAGUCUUGUGCCCGAGUCCCCGCUCACCACCCACAAUAAGGAGCACGACCAAAUUUACGAUGGAUGGACGUUUGGAGAACACUGCUGAUCUGCCCCCUGCCACCUUGCGCUUUACCCCAGUAAACAUUUGACUCUUCUGCUGUAUCCCAAGCACCGAUGCCACUAUGAGUCCGUAUGGGUUUUGCACACAACGUGAAAACCAUCACCGCUGACCUAUGACCUGUGACUCUGGGAGUCGAUCCUUCGGCUAGAGAUUCAGGCCUUUCUCCACGCUUCCUCCCCACCAUCCCUGACUGCUGGGCAACCCUGCUUUCCACGUGGCAGUUGUGGCUCCUCAUUCUAAUCUCUGUCCUGCCUGUGUGCGUCAAAGCAGCUCCUAGACUGGUGUCCAGCAGCCAAGGUCCCUUUCACCGCAUGCUUCCACUUCCUGUGAUGAAAGGACCACUGGGCUGGGAUGGAGCGUGUAUGGGGAUGGGGAUGGGGAUGGGGAUGGGGAUGGGGGGUGGUGGUACCGAUGGGAAAGAACGACUGCUGAGAGGUCCCACAAUGACGCCCCACCAAAAUGUGACGAGGAAUUCAUGCAGAACACAAAAAAUAAUAAUAAUUCAGACAAAGAAAGAAGAAAAUCGUUCAACAAAAUUAGAGCCUUGUAUAUCUAAAAUUGUUUUAAGAAGUUGCACUUGAUGUAGUAUUGUCUGGAUGUCAUCCUGUAGCAUUUCCUGUGUUCAUAAAAUAUUAGCUUCUUAGAGCAUUAUUUAUGUCCACAUCUAUUUAACUUCUGAGCCAAAAGAGGAUUUUCUUUCCUAAAUGUAAAUAUUUGUACUUUUCCUGCUCUCUCAGAGGAGGCAGAAAAGGAGGCCCUCAAUAAAACCAUAAAGACAAACGAGACGCUGGAACCGCCGUCCUCGUAGUUCAGUGAAAGAGGCGAGAAACGCGUUUCAAUAGACAACUUUAAGGAGGGAAACACGUGGAGCGCUUCGAAGAACGAUUGUUGCCCAAAAGAAAGAAAAC